AUGGUGGCAGACGUCGAUGCCUCUGCAUCACCGUACACGCCGGCGAACCAGAUCCCACCUGAGCUCGACAUCCUCAUCGACUUUGUCGCAGCUGACGACCGCCCCACCUUGAUUCUCAACUAUGCGACGACCGACAUUGUAUACGCCAACAACGCUUUCGAUGCCUUCGUAGCUACCGCAUCCCGCACCUCGACUCCUGCCACCUGGUGUUCCUCGCUCCUCGAUGCCGCCCGCAGCGCUGAACGACUCAACCCGCGUACCACGCAUGACCUCGGCUUCUUCGCCAACCAACUCUGGUCAGCAAGGGGCAUUGCCUCAUCCUGGAUUGCAAUCACUUGUGACCUACAAACACACGCCCAUCGCCCUCCCGAAGAUGCUCCAACCACGUCGUCAGACAAGAAAGCCCUAGCGCAAUCCCUGCUUGCAGACACCAUCCCUUUGCAACGUCAAGAGUCGGAUAAUCUUUCCACAACCUCUUCUUCGACCUGCACUUCUAGCCUAGAAGCCGCUGACUUGGAUGCCCCUCUUGAGGACUUGAUCAUUGACUGGCUUCUGUUCCCGAAGCCUUCUGCAGAUCCAUGGCUCGACCUCAUCCUCAAUUACAAUUGGCAAGACACCUCUCUUGGUCCUAUAAAAUCAUGGCCUACCAUACUCAGACAGAUGUUCGCCACUAUUCUUGCUUCAAGAGAGCCUCGCGUCUUGCACUGGGGAAAUGAAAUGCAUAUGCUUUACAACGAGCAAGCUCGUUUUGUUGUCGGCGAACUGCAUCCCUGGCCACUGGGUCGACCCAUGAUAGACAUCUGGGGCGACGCCGUUCGUACCGAGCUUAUCAAGAUGAUCAAGACUGGUAUCAAGAAAGGAAAACCUUUGGUUCAAAAAAACUAUGAACUGAAUUUGACUCGAAACGGCUUCUCGGAGAGCUGCUUUUUUGAUCUCGUCUUCCUUCCAGUCCCGUCACCCGACGGCCGAUACUUGGGUGUCCUGGCAGAGUUCACAGAGAUCACUGAAAAGGUCCUGCAGAAGAACCGCCAGGAUGUCUCCAAGUCUUUGUUGCAAUCCUUCUCAAAGGUCACCGACCUACACAAUCUUUGGCAAGUUUUUGUAAAUUCUCUUCAAUCUAACGCUCGGGAUGUAUCAUAUGCAGUUGUAUACACUUCUACCGAAAGUCUGGGGGAACAACGUGCAGAUACCUUCCAGCUCGAGGCUUCUUGCAACAUCGACAAUCCGCAAAAACACCUAUCGUCUGGUAUCUUCGAAGCCUUGAAAGGUUCUGUUGGCGAAGUCUUCGUUCUUCAGCGGAGCAAAAACACACUCCCUCAAGAUCUGACAGUGUCACAAUCUGAAGCUGGUUCUGUCAACACGGCCUACAUAUUGCCCAUUAUGGCCCUGGACGGACUGCGAAUCCUUGGCGUUGCAGUAUUGGGCCUGAACCCAAGGAGAGCUAUAAGUCCCAGCGUUCGCCAAUUCGUCGAAUCUAUUCGUGACAUGCUCUUCAAAACAGCUGCACUCUUCUCGCUACCUACGGAGCAGCUAGAAUCCCGGGAAAUUGCCAAAGCUCUCUCUCAACAGCUCGAGACUAUGACCAUGAAAGCCGAGGAAACCGAACAGAAUUUCACUAGAAUGUUGCGUGAUGCACCGAUUGGUAUGUGCAUGCAUCGAGACGACGGUCGUUGUGUAUAUGUCAAUGAUGUAUGUCUUGACCUGCUCGGCAUGAGUAGAGCACAAUUUUACAAGGCUGCAGAAGUUGGACUUGCCUGGCGGGAUGCUGUACAUGAUGAAGACUUUGAAGCAGUCAACCAGACCUGGACCUCUGCCAUCGAAAAGGGAACAGCCGCGAGCGCCGAGUUCCGUGUCAAAGCUACAUGUUCGCAAGCAAGUGAAGUACGUUGGCUUGAGAUAAGCGCCCAACAACGACAUGACAAAGAUGGCAAUUUGGAGUACCUGUAUGUCUGGUUGAGGGACAUCUCGACCAGCAAACAAUUGGCCGAACAGAGGCUACAAGAUGCAUUAGAGACCAAGAGGAGAUCAGAAGUCUUCAUCGACAUGGUAUCACACGAAAUGCGCAACCCUUUGGGAGCGAUCUUGUUACUUGCUGAUAGCAUCGUCACAUCGCUGCCUGCAGUAUCGAAUGACGCGCAAGCCAGUGUAUUGACACCGGAUCUACGGCAAACACUCUCUGACAUCGCAGCCAGUAUUCACCUAUGCGCGAACCACCAAAAGGUCAUCGUCGAAGAGAUUUUGACGUUCAGUCGAUUGGAUUCAAAUUUGCUGGUUCUCGCACCUGAGAAGAUUCGGCCGUCAGAAACAGUGCAGACAGUCCUGAAGAUGGUCAAAGCAGAACUUGACUAUGAUAACAUUCAAGGCUCAUUGCAAAUUCAGCAGAGCUACGUUGAUCUUGCGAUCGACAACGUCGCAUUGGAUCCAGGCAGACUGUCACAAAUUAUUCUUAACUUGAUGACCAAUGCUAUAAAGUUUACCAAAAACUCAAGCGAGAGACGUAUUGUAAUCAGUCUCGCCGCGUCGAGAACAAGGCCUACCGCAGACGAUUGUCAAGUGACGCUUGUAGCGCCUCGUGAAGACAAACGUCCAAAGCUAGCCCGAAGGAUGUCGAUAACAAAUGACCCCGUUGGCGAAAAUGUCUAUCUGAUCUUCAGUGUCCGGGAUACUGGCUGUGGACUCACGCCGACCGAGAUGGGUCAUCUUUUCCAUAGAUUCAGCCAGGCUUCACCAAAGACAUACAAACAGUAUGGUGGUAGUGGGCUGGGUCUGUUUAUCAGCCGUGAGCUCGUGGAAUUGCAAGGCGGCCAAAUUGGUGUACGCAGCGAACCAGGAGAAGGCUCUACGUUUGCCUUCUUUGUGGAGACCGCUCGUAUCGAGUCGCCCCCUGAGCCACCAUCUGCACAACUCGCUCAGACAUCAAUCAAGGAUCAUAUGCGAGUGGUAGAUGGUCCAGCUGCGCAAAAGACACAAGUGCCAGAUCUUCAUGUUUUAUUGGUCGAGGAUAACGCCAUCAAUCAAAAGAUUCUCGCCCAGCAGCUUCGCAAGACGGGCUGCGCCAGAGUCCAUGUUGCAGACCACGGUCUUGACGCUCUUGAGCUUCUAUCGACCACAACCUUCCACAAGUCCACUGGUAUUGAACAGAUACCUUUGUCUAUCAUUCUGCUCGACGUUGAGAUGCCUAUAAUGGAUGGCUUGACGUGUGCGCGACGCAUUCGUGAGUAUGAAAAAGCUGGAGAAAUUGUUCGGCAUGUGCCUAUUAUUGGUAUCACAGCGAAUGCUCGUUCCGAGCAGAUCGCAUCGUGUAUUGAUGCUGGUAUGGAUGAAGUAGUGACAAAACCCUUCCGAGUGAAGGAUUUGCUACCGCGCAUGCUAGCUCUUGUCGAUCAACACAAUUCGGCUGUCUGA